UUGACACUUGACACACUUCCAUUUAAUAACUUACGUACGAGGGAGCGAUGUGGACAAAAUCUAAAUGAGUAGGUCUAAAAUGGAGGAGCGUAUGUGAAAAAUUUAUGUCAUUCACACUCUUCUGUGUCUUUUGUAAGAAUAAAAGAGCAAGUUCUCUCACUUAGUUAAAGCUACAAGAUGGGUGUAUUUGCUAGCAAGAACAUGAACAAUUUAAGUGACAAAGAUGUCAAAGGGUUGAGGGAGAAGACAAGGUUUCUUGAGAAGGAAAUGAAUGAGAUGGUUCAUGAGAGAGAAAAAGAGAGCAAGGCUUAUGAGGAAGACAUGAUGGUUUUUGCAUUUAAGGAAGCCGAGUGGAAGCAAGAGAAGAUGAAGCUAAGAGAGGAGGUAAAGAGGUUGAGGAAGAUAGUGGAUGAGAAAGAAGACAAGAUUAGAGGGAUUGGGGAGAAGAGUGAGAAAGAGAAAGAGUGGGAAUUGUUGGGAACGAGCUUCUUGGUGGAGCAAAUGAGGGAGGAGAGAGCUCGGAGAGAUGAGGCUGUGGAGAAGUGGAAGCAACUAUAUCUUGCUAUUAAGAUGGAGCUUGAUGAUCUCAUUCAAAGAACAAAUCAUGCUUCAGGGGAUGUACAGUAUUGGAGAGCAGAGGAAGAGGACAUGAUAGAAGAGUUACAGAGGGAAUUGCUUGCCAAGGAAGAGACUAUCAAAGCCUUAAAAGAGCAACUAGCUUCUAUAGAGCACGAAGAAUACAAGAAGGAACGAGAGAUUGACAUAUUGAGGCAAAGCUUACGAAUUAUGAGCAGUAAGAAGCCAUCGCGUAUCACCAAGAAUGUUGCCUGAAUGUUCCCUAGCGUUAAUUAGUUCCUUCUUGUAACUAUAAAAUCAUAACGCUAUUGAUGCACAGUAAAUUAGUAUGUUUUACAAUGGAUUCAUUCAAUUGAAGAAGAAGAAAAAUGCUAAAUUGGCCUACUUGCAACAA